AAUCCGGUACAAGAAUCCGGUACGAAUCGCUGUCCCUGACUAGUGUCGGUGCGUCCCGUGUCCGUGAUCUCUUUGCCACGGCGCGGGAGAACGCCCCAUGUAUCAUCUUCAUUGAUGAAAUCGAUGCCAUUGGUCGGUCCCGUUCCGACGGCGGCUUCAGGGGUGGAGGAAACGAUGAGCGCGAGGCUACCCUUAGCCAGAUUCUUACGGAGAUGGAUGGUUUCAACACGACUGAGCAGUAAGGUCGUUGGACCCUCUCAAGAUUCAACACCGCAGGAUUUAAAUCGCCACCUUUUCCAGCUUUCCUGUCCAAAGAUGAACGAUUUAAACCUCCGCUUGGAUGUAAAAUGGGGCGGUUAUGUUGGUUCGAGACUGAGAUGAGGAUCAAGGAGCGCGAAGAACUGACGCCAGCAGGUGUACAAUGCCAACAACACCCACAAACUCGGUGCGGCUGCCAGGGGCUUCCAGGACUCGUGCAGACAGAGGAGACUCAACAGCUGGCCUAAUGACACCUACCACGGCCACUACCUUCCACCUCUUCCCCUGCCUCCCUUGGGAGAUCCGAUCUCGGAUAUGGGAGCUAACCGUCGAGCCUCGCACGGUUGAAGUCCGCAUCUCCUACGUGUGGCAGAAAAUUAGCGCCAAAGCGGAGGCCAAAUACCGUUAUGGUAGGCUCGGGAUCCUUGCUUUGCGCUCAUCGACCCCCGUGCCUGCACCUUUACAGACUUGUCGAGAGGCCCGGAACCACCUCACCUCGGUAACCAAGAAAGGGCACCGAUACUACCAGCAGGCCUUCAGCAAGUUGCCCGCUGCGAGGUGGUUCUUUGAAGAAAUAAAGUGCGAAAAACCUGAAGACCGGUUGGAGCUGGGCCUUGAGGCGGAACCGCGCUACAUCUGGGUCGAUUUCGACGUGGACAUGAUCUCUAUUGGGCGAAGUCCUUUCCAGUUCUUCGAAUCCUAUUACUCGGACAUCAAGCGGUUGAAAUUUGCGCGGGACAACAGUUGUCAGUACUUCAACGAGUAUGAAUCCCAAACCAUUCGGGAAUUCGUCAAUGCUGAAGAGAUUCACGUCGUCUGUCUGGGCCCCUACGGGACUAGGGUAUGGGAAGGGGCGCAUGAAGACCACUGUUUCCCCUGCGACAAAGACAAACUCUGGCUCAUUGAUCCGAAAGACGGUAGAACGGUGAAAGCGGCCGACAAUGACGUUAUCUCGAGGGAAACGAGAUGGGCGGGACAUAGGGCUAAUGGGGCCUUCAUCAACCCUGAUACUAUGGAGCCUUUUGUGCCAUUUCUCCCGCCAGGCUGGUUUGAGGGACGGGAAGAAUGGGACAAUAUAUAUAUAAUUGGGACGACUAUUACGGGGAUGCCUAGCUAGGUAGACGAAUUGUUACUGAGUAUAACCGGGUUCUUAACGAGGAGAGGAUUUGGUGGUGAGGAUCGUCGGUGGCUUCAAGGAGUACACUAGAGGUUGCCGAGUAUAAGAUGGGAGGUGAUCCCGCUACCAAAGCUGCAUUUUGGUGCAUGCAACAGCGGGCGGCCCCUCAGAUAGGAUCAACCCCUGGAUUUUUCCAUGUCAGUGUACAAUUAAUUUGACCUGUCCUGGCCCGCCGUGCCUCUUUUCUUAACCAAGCUGCCGAUCAAGCAUUUUCCCAAUGUUAUCAAGUCAGCACAUUUCUCCCUCCUACAUCAAUCCCAUGCUCAGGCUGUGGAGUCCAAGCAGAGCCCCGAACCGAUGUUACUGUUACCCACGCCGGCCUCACCGAGAUUGACGAUGGCUCCUCCGUUGCCUUGACCAACGGAAACACCGAAGAGCAGCCUGCUACUGGCGGCGUCCCCGCCCAGACCGACGCCGGCGACAGCACUGC